AUGGGUAAGGUUCACGGCUCUCUCGCCCGUGCGGGUAAGGUCAAGUCUGCGACUCCUAAGGUCGAGAAGCAAGAGAAGAAGAAGGAGCCCAAGGGCCGUGCUCUGAAGCGCGUCAAGUACACCCGCCGUUUCGUCAACGUUACCAUGACCGGUGGCAAGCGGAAGGUACGUUGA